AUGGCCUACAACAGAUCUUAUAACCCCGACGAGCUUCCCAGGUGUAAAGGAGGUACCUCGCCUGCUCCGCCUCAACAGGCUCCUCAAACAGCGCGAUACGAGACCAAGCCACCACCUCCCCGCCCCGUCGAACAUCGCAACACCGGUUUCGACCAGCGUCAGAACACCGCCUACGAUCAACGCCAGAACAACUACGUAGAGCCCCAGCGUCAAAACACAUAUCACCAACCUCAAAACGCAUACAACCAAAACCACUACGCUCCCGGCCCCUCAGCAGACCCGCACCGACUAUCACCGAGAAUGCAGCAAGGACCGCCACCAGACCGCUACGGUAUGAGCCCGCCUCCCUCGGCGACCGGAGGCCGGCCCACUCAUCAUAACCUUCCUCCUGUCUCCUCGCGACCGCCCCCAAGCCCGACGACCCGAGAUGGCGCCGACCCUACUCUUCUUCCCCUGUUCAGGGCCGUCGAUAAGGAUGGUACCGGCCAGCUCUCCGAAAGAGAACUCUCCGCGGCACUCGUCAACGGCGACUGGACCGCCUUCGACCCGCACACCGUCCGGAUGAUGAUCCGCAUGUUCGACAGCGACCGCAGCGGCACGAUCGGGUUCGAGGAGUUCUGCGGGCUCUGGUCCUUUUUGGCCUCGUGGCGGACGCUGUUCGACCGCUUCGACAUGGACAAGUCGGGCAACAUCAGCCUUGACGAGUUCAACAACGCGCUGGUGGCGUUCCGCUACCGGCUCAGCCCGCGCUUCGUCGAGCUUCUGUUCCGCACGUACGACAAGCGCGGCGACGGCGUCAUGAGCUUCGACUUGUUUGUGCAGGCUUGCAUCAGCCUGAAGCGCAUGACGGAUGUGUUCAAGAAGUACGACGAUGAUCGCGAUGGAUAUAUCACGCUGAGCUUUGAGGACUUCUUGACGGAAAUCUUGCGCCAGCUGAAGUAA